CAGACAAGCUCUCUAUAUAAAGCCAUUUACUCAAUACCUCACAAAUUACAAAAAAGAAAAAAGGAGAUAAUAAUCACAAAUUACAAAAGUAGAAAGAGAAAAGAAAAAAGAUCAUCAGUUCUUGAAUCUUUGCAUCAAUGGAGGAAUCAAAAGCUUCUCACGUUGCGAUCAUACCAAGUCCGGGAAUGGGUCAUCUCAUCCCACUCGUCGAGUUCGCUAAACGACUCGUCCAACGUCACGGCUUCACCGUUACCUUCGUCAUCGCUGGGGAAGGUCCACCGUCAAAAGCUCAGAGAACCGUCCUUGACUCUCUUCCUUCUUCAAUCUCCUCCGUCUAUCUCCCUCCCGUUGAUCUCAGCGACCUCUCUUCGUCAACUCGCAUCGAAUCUCGGAUCUCCCUCACCGUGACUCGUUCAAACCCGGAGCUCCGGAAAGUCUUUGACUCGUUUGCGGAGGGAGGUCGUUUGCCGACGGCGCUCAUCGUCGAUCUCUUCGGUACGGACGCUUUCGACGUGGCCGUAGAAUUCCACGUGUCACCGUAUAUUUUCUACCCAACAACGGCCAACGUCUUGUCGUUUUUUCUCCAUUUGCCUAAACUAGACGAAACGGUGUCGUGUGAGUUCAGGGAAUUAACGGAACCGCUUAAGCUCCCUGGAUGUGUACCGGUCGCCGGGAAAGAUUUCCUUGACCCGGCCCAAGACCGGAAAGACGAUGCAUACAAAUGGCUUCUCCAUAACACCAAGAGGUACAAAGAAGCUGAAGGGAUUCUUGUGAAUACCUUCUUUGAGCUAGAGCCAAAUGCUAUAAAGGCCUUGCAAGAACCGGGUCUAGAUAAACCACCCGUUUAUCCGGUUGGACCGUUGGUUAACAUCGGUAAGCAAGAGGCUAAACAAACCGAAGAGUCUGAAUGUUUGAAGUGGUUGGAUAACCAGCCGCUCGGUUCGGUUUUGUAUGUGUCCUUUGGUAGUGGCGGUACACUCACAUGUGAACAGCUCAACGAGCUUGCUCUUGGCCUUGCAGAUAGUGAGCAACGGUUUCUUUGGGUCAUACGAAGUCCAAGUGGGAUUGCUAAUUCGUCGUAUUUUGAUUCACAUAGUCAAACCGAUCCAUUGACAUUUUUACCACCAGGAUUUUUAGAGCGGACCAAAAACAGAGGUUUUGUGAUCCCUUUUUGGGCUCCACAAGCCCAAGUCUUAGCACAUCCAUCCACGGGAGGGUUUUUAACUCAUUGCGGAUGGAAUUCGACUCUAGAGAGUGUAGUAAGCGGUAUUCCGCUUAUAGCAUGGCCAUUAUACGCUGAGCAGAAGAUGAAUGCGGUUUUGUUGAGUGAAGAUAUUCGUGCGGCGCUUAGGCCUCAUGCCGCGGACGAUGGGUUAGUGAGUAGAGAAGAGGUGGCUAGAGUGGUAAAAGGAUUGAUGGAAGGUGAAGAAGGCAAAGGAGCGAGGAACAAGAUGAAGGAAUUGAAGGAAGCAGCUUGUAGGGUGUUGAAGGAUGAUGGGUCUUCGACAAAAGCACUUAGUCUUGUGGCCUUAAAGUGGAAAGCCCACAAAAAAGAGUUAGAGCAAAAUGGCAGCCACUAAAUAUUUGAUGGUCCAAUAUGAUUUGUAUAAUCAACGGUCGGAUUUGUGCAAAUGUGUUUCUGUAUGUAUGUCUGUUCUAAUUUUCUUUGCAUCGUAUCUGUCUCAACUUUUAUUUGUAUAUGUUUUUUUGGCUUUUGAUCAAUUCGUUAGUUUUUCAUGGUGCAAGUAAGAUCCGCCUAGAAGAAGAUGGUGCGUAGUACAAUAUUGUUCAAGAAACUCAUCAAUAAAUACUUUCAAUAUAGUUUUUUU